UGAAUUUUUUUUUUUGUGUUAAAUCAAACACAAGGAAACCUUUACCCUUGUUUUAUUAGCUGAUUUUAUCAAAGAUACAUAGAUCUCUAAAUAUUUGUGUUGCAUAUAUAUUACAGUUAUAAUACAAAAAACUCAGGAUGACUUUCAGGCAACUUUGAUGGUCCACAUAAUGAACAUGUGACCAUUUGUCAUUUGGAACUUUUUUUUUUGUCCUUGUGCCUCUCAUUUCCUGUACAUAUUUGACCCUAACCGAGGUAUACAUAAACAUACAUUGUACUAAGUCAGUCAAAAAUGCAUCAGUUAAUUGAGUACAUUGUACAUAAGGACACUUAGUAUGUAGUGGAGCUUUUUCAAGAAACCAGUUGUUCAUCUGUAUGUUCCUUUCUUAUACCUCAUUGUCGAGGUUUAACAGAUAAUCUUCUUACAGACACACUGAGAAAGUAAAGACACCCUUUCAAAGCCUUAGUUUGUCAAAUGUGGCCUUACCAGAUACCACUAUUGGGCACUUUUAUUUUUCUGUGUCAUCAUUGUUUCAACUUUAAACAAUACCUCUUUUUUGUGUGUAAAAUUAUAUAUAUCAGAUUUAUAUCUUUUUUAUGUUUCUUAUUUGUAUAUUUAAUUUCAACAACGCACAUGAGCUUGUCCUUUGAUUCUGUGCUUUCCUUUGAACCACAAGUAGAGAAAACAUUUAUUAUUAAUAUUUUAGUUUUUUAGUGAAUACAUUUUUAUUUGAACUAUUAUCAGUUUUAACAGAAGAUUUACUAAUGGAAAGGUUGCAAGACACAAAGCAAUGCCAUCUCGUACUUAUGCUUUAAAAGUGCAAUAUGCAGUUUGUCAGGGACAAACUAGUUUCCUGAUAAUUAUCCAAAUGUGUGGGAUGAAUCAAACUAUAGUAUUUGACAUUAUAUCUUAGCAUAUACUACAUGUUUCUUAAAUAUUCAAAAGGAUAGGAAAUGUCAUGUAGAAUAGGAAAAUGUAUAACAGGGAUAUUGGGAAAUAUAUAUGCAUAAGUGCUUUAUGUCUGCAAACACCUCUGUUUUUGAUGAUUUGCAAACACCUCUGUUUUUGAUUAUUUAAAAACUACAUAUUGCCCCUUUAAGGAUUACAUUGCUAUAGAUCUUGGGGUAAGUUGACCAUAGCCAUGAAAGCCAUCAAUUAAAUCCUCUUUCAGCCUCUCUCAGACCAAAGACACUCAUCAUGAAGACUGUACUAGUAUGCCGUUUUUCAAGCUUUCAGAUGGUCCCAGAAUCAGAGGAAGAUAUAUUCACUGAAAUCCAUAGCGAUAGCCAUGUGCAUGUUUAAUAUAUUUGGAAAGUUAUGUGUUCUAAAUGUGUGUGAAAUUGCGUUUAUACACUGUUGUGUGUGUGUGUGUGUAUGUACAACAGAUAAUGUGUAAUAGUAUAGAUGUAGUGUACAUUACAAUUCUACAGUUAUUUACCACUAAAGCCUUACAGAUCACAAAAUUCACUUCAGCUGUUACUUAUUGUUACUAAUACGGUUUUUGUUGUUUUUUUAGUGAAUACAUUUUUAUUUUUACCGUCAGCUCCACACUCUGGUGAAGCAUACGUUAAUAAGUAGAAACUAUGUCAACAAUGUCAUGCUCAAGAAUGUACGAAUUGUCAAAAUAAAAGUUCUUUGAUAAAAUCUGUCCGACUGCCUGUAGGUUCAAUCAUUACAUUUAUAACACGACUUGAACGGAAGGAUUUAGAAUUCCUCGGUUUCCAUUGUGAGUCUCUGAAUUUGAUUUUUACAAAGAUUGACUUACUUAAAGACAAAUGACAGCUCACUUCACUUCUUUGAAUUCUCUUUUUUAAUGUGUACUGGUACCCUAGAGAUCUAAGUGUCAAUUACUCACGUUCUUCUUGCUCAUGAACACGGAACGAUCACUGGAUAAGAGAAGCGUUCCUGCAUGGGGAAAAAUGGGUGCAGAUUAUGGGUAAUUUUGAUGAUAAAUAUUAGAGAACUUUUAUUUUAUAAGAAUUCUAUGAAAUUGCUCGGAAACUUCCUGAUGUGACUGAACAAUUACAGAAACACCAUUGCGAGCGCGAUGUAUUUUUUGGAUAAGUUUUAAAAAAAAAUGUUGACCGGGGGAAUUUACCGGUGUGGGUAUACAACUUGCUUCCAUACGGUAGACCGUUACGACAUAUAGUUAACCCACUGGUUUGGUGUGUUGUGUUGGCAAGAACUCUGCGUGCUGUUGCUUUGCAUUUGCCCCAAAUGUAGAUGAGCUCUAUAGCUGACAGGCGAUGCAUUUGUUGUCUAUGCUCUCUUUGUUAGUUGUGGGGCUUGCCUCCACGACUGGCUACGAAGACGAUUGGGACAUGUUUUCCCUCCAGACCAAGAGUGUAUGCCCUGGCAAGUCUUUCAUCAAUCGAAGACCCACCGCAUUUCGUGUUUCUGAUUUAUAUUUUAAAUCCAGUGUACCUGGAAGCUCUGAAAUACUGGUGGCAAACAAGACUAUGGUAUUUCUCCCCUUUUAUCAAUUCAAAGACAAUGCAGUAUUCAUACCUGAGGUAAUGAAACAUCAUGAGGGAGAGUACUUCUGGAAAGGUUCUUACUUUCCCAUUAUGGCCAAAAGGAUCAAGCUCAUUGUCAAAGACUGCGCUGUCCCUCUGGAGGUGAAUUAUGGAGAGAAGGUUAGUCUAGUGGUGCCCAAGGAGGCUUCCGUGUUGGAGUUCACCACUCCUAAGUCAUCUGACCGCUGGGUUCUGUGGAGCCGGAUCAACACGGACAACACGAGGGGAGCCAGGGGGACGGUGAGAGGUGACUUCUGGGUUGCCCUUCAGAUCACCCAAGCGGACGCGGGACGCUAUACUUUCCUGAGGGAGAGCGGGGGCGAAAUCUCCAGCACUGCGCUCUUAGUUAAAGAACUCCAGAGAUAUCCUGAUCUGAGCGACGAGUCCAUCCAUCACCACUGGGAAAACAGGUUCCCAGUUCCCGUAUCCGAGGCAGUGCUUACGUUUAUCGAUUCCGACAAGGUUAAGCACGUGCUCUUCAAGAAUGGCAUGCAGACCGAAGAGGCAUUCCGGAUGUUUGGGACUCGGAUAGAACUACAGGCGAUAGAUCUUGGUGAUUUGACGCUCAGCAUUGUGGACUUGAACUCACGUGACGCAGGACGAUACGAGGUCCACGACAAGAACAAAGACCUUGCUGUUGUAAUAUGGCUCUCUGGGAGCCUUGAUUCAGGUUAUCCAUCUCGAGACCUGGUUGUGCCCAUUGGCGCUGCUAUUGUUAUCAGUACAUUGGUGUUCUGUUGCUGCUGUGUGAGAAAGUGGUGUUGCAAAAAGAGCAAUGCCCCUGUUACUUCAGGCCCCGGACAGCCCGUCUAUAUCCAUGAUCCUGUUGUAAUGUCUGAACCAGGCUACCGCCUACAACCUCAGCCUACGGCUCCAAGUGCAGAGCGUCAACCGUGGCUGCAGCCCCCCUCUUCAGCCCAGCCCUGGGACUGCGACCCACCGUCUAACGACGACUUGGUAGGUCCUGAGUAUUGCUAUCCGUACACUCCUGCUGCUCCUCCUCCUGAGGCUCCGGUUGAAGGAGGAGAAGGAGGAAAAGGAGCCCCCCCUUCCCCCCCCCGUAGUACCCCACUGGACCCGGGCCCCCAGUACCAGCCUCGGGGGUGGGGUGGGGGUCUGGAUGAUUUCCUCACCAGUUCUCCUCCUAACAUGGACACAAACACAGACACCUAUGUCUACAACUCAGACAAGCUCAACUGAGAAAAGCAUCGUUCUUCAGGAAAGUUACAUUUAUUCAUUUAGCAGACGCUUCUAUCUAAAGAGACUUAGAGCGUAGUAUAGAUAGACAGAUAGAGGCACUUAACAUUGAGUUAACAUGCCUAGACCAUCAGGGUACAACUAAAUAUUCCUGAGUUGAAAAACAUCUGAUGGCUUGCAUGUGAACAAGUGCAUGCUAAAACUCCAUUGCUGGACAAUACAUUUACAUUUAGCAGACGCCUUCACAACAAUCAAGCUACAGUAAGUUAGGCGAGCCGAUGUGAGUAAGCACCAAGAGCUAACUGGCUAUCACCUGUACUCUUCUGUAAGAGGAGGUCAGCUGCCUUAAACCUUGUGCGCCUGCUGAAAAAAAAAUGUGUUGAAUCAAACUCAAGGAAACCUUCACCCUUCAGUCAAAGAUACAUAAAACUCUAAAUAUAUAUGUGUUGCAUAUACAGAUGUGGACAAAAUAGUUGGUACCCUUCCGUUAAAGAAAGAAAAA